GCCGCGCCAGUCGCACCUCUCCCCCCUCGCCCGCCAGCCGCCGCCGCGCCCACAUCGGCGGUCUGUCACGCGCGACGGGAGCUGCCCCCACACCGCUCGAUUUCGCAGGCGCGUGGUGGGAUUAUGCGCCACCUGCUCCUGCCCCGCCGCCUUCUCGCCAUGGCUCCCCUCUCCGCUUCCGCCGCGACCAAAGCCCUCCUGCUAAACCCCGCCCGAGGCCGCCUCCCCUCCUCGCUCGCCUGCCUCUCUGCCCCGGGCGGCCGCUCGUUCCGCGCCGCCUCGCUCCGCUGCUAUGCCGCGGCCGCGGUCGCCGAGCAGCACCGCAUCAAGGUCAACAACCCCAUCGUCGAGAUGGACGGUGACGAGAUGACGCGCGUAAUAUGGAAGAUGAUAAAGGAUAAGCUUAUCUUCCCGUACCUGGACCUGGAUGUCAAGUACUUCGACCUUGGGGUGCUAAACCGGGAUGCCACUGAUGACAAGGUCACUGUCGAGAGCGCUGAGGCUACUUUGAAGUACAAUGUUGCUGUUAAGUGUGCUACAAUUACUCCUGAUGAAACAAGAGUCAAAGAGUUCAAGCUCAAGUCAAUGUGGAGGAGCCCAAAUGGCACCAUCAGGAACAUUCUAAAUGGAACUGUUUUCCGGGAGCCCAUCUUAUGUAAAAAUAUUCCACGCAUACUUACUGGUUGGAAGAAGCCCAUUUGCAUAGGAAGACAUGCAUUUGGAGACCAGUAUCGAGCUACCGAUAUGAUUAUUAAUGGACCUGGGAAGCUUAAGAUGGUUUAUGUGCCUGAUGGAGCUGAGCCGGUGGAGCUAAAUGUUUAUGAUUUUAAAGGGCCUGGAGUCGCAUUAGCAAUGUAUAAUGUGGAUGAGUCUAUUAGGGCAUUUGCUGAGUCAUCAAUGGCAAUGGCACUAUCCAAGAAAUGGCCUCUUUAUCUCAGCACCAAGAACACAAUACUAAAAAAAUACGACGGCAGAUUCAAGGACAUCUUUCAGGAGGUAUAUGAAGAGAAUUGGAAGGAGAAGUUUGAGGAAAACUCAAUAUGGUAUGAACAUCGGUUGAUUGAUGACAUGGUGGCAUAUGCUGUGAAAAGCGAGGGUGGAUAUGUCUGGGCUUGCAAAAACUACGAUGGAGAUGUUCAAAGUGACUUCCUUGCCCAAGGUUUUGGUUCCCUGGGUUUGAUGUCAUCCGUUCUGUUAUCUUCUGAUGGGAAGACAUUAGAGGCAGAGGCUGCUCAUGGGACUGUCACUAGACAUUUCAGGUUACAUGAGAAGGGACAGGAGACGAGUACCAAUAGCAUAGCUUCUAUAUUUGCUUGGACUCGUGGGCUAGAACAUAGAGCAAAGCUGGAUAAAAAUGAUAGGUUGCUGGAUUUCACACAGAAGCUUGAAACUGCAUGUGUUGAAACAGUGGAAUCUGGGAAAAUGACAAAGGAUCUUGCACUUCUUAGCCAUGGCGCCAAGGUAACAAGGGAGCAUUACCUGAGCACCGAGGAAUUCAUUGAUGCUGUCGCUCAGCAGCUGCGGGAAAAGAUCCAGAUACCAUCAUCGUUGUAAUUUUCACCCAUGUGCAUAUGUUAUUUCUAGCUGGAAGAAGCCUAUGGGAAUGUGGUUGACCUGGUGCAUUGGGCACGCAUUUUGAUUGAUACGAUGAGAUGGAGUAUCUGAUCCAGUUGCGUCUGUGUCUGGAAGCAGUUUUUGUAAGGCCUAACAUUCGAUCGUGUUAAUAAUCUGUCUGCUAUAUGUGAUUCUCCCUUCGGCGUCUGUUUGGGUAAAUAAUUGUCCAUAAGCAGUGAAUCCGGACUUUGACCAGACUUCAAUAUAUAGAAUCAGCCUUCCGUCCA